AUGGGAAAACUGAUAUGGAGGUGCAGUGUUUCGAUUCUUCUGUUUUUCUGGAUGACCAUGGCUCUGUUUCCAAGAAAAUCAUUGGCAAUUGAUAGCAUAAAAGCAGGGGAAUCCAUCAAUGGAAAUACCCAGAUUUUAGUUUCAGCUCAACAGAAGUUUGUGCUGGGAAUUUUCAAUCCUAAAGACUCCAAAUUUCGUUAUUUGGGAAUAUGGUACAAGAACAUCCCACAAACAGUUGUAUGGGUAGCAAACAGAGACAAGCCACUUGUAAAUUACUCUGCCAAAUUAACACUCAAAGGACAAGGUCUGGUUCUUCAGAAUGAAAGCGAUGGAAUUCUAUGGUCUUCCACUUCUUCAACAUUCCUGAAAGAUCCAAUAGCUCAACUACUAGAUAAUGGUAAUUUGGUUAUAAGAGAAUCUGGGUCUGAAAAUUAUGUGUGGCAGAGUUUUGAUUACCCUUCUGAUACUCUGUUACCUGGCAUGAAAGUGGGUUGGGACUUGAUAACCGGUAUGAACUGGAAGUUAACGUCAUGGAAAAGCUCGAACGAUCCGUCUUCAGGGGAUUUCACUUAUGGUAUGGACCCUGGUGGGCUUCCCCAGCUUGAAACUCGCAGAGGAAAUGUAACAACGUACAGGGGUGGCCCGUGGUUCGGCAGGAGGUUUAGUGGUACUACCCUUUUUAGAGAUACAGCUAUUCAUUCUCCCCGGUUCAAUUAUAGUGCGGAAGGAGCAUUCUUUUCAUACAAGUCUGCAGAAGAUCUUACUGUAAGAUAUGCACUGAGCGCAGAAGGGAAAUUCGAACAAUUUUAUUGGAUGGAUGAUGUAAAUGAUUGGCAUCUUCUGUAUGAAUUACCGGGAGACGCCUGCGAUUACUACGGACUCUGCGGAAAUUUUGGUAUUUGUACAUCUUCCACCAUACCGCGCUGCGAUUGCAUGCAUGGGUAUCAACCAAAAUCUCCAGACGAUUGGAAUAAGCGUCGCUGGGUAGGAGGCUGCGUUAUAAGGGACAAUCAAACCUGCAAAAAUGGAGAGGGGUUUAAAAGAAUCAGCAAUGUGAAAUUGCCAGAUUCUUCAGGGGAUUUGGUGAAUGUUAAUAUGAGUAUUCAUGACUGCGAAGCAGCGUGCUUGAGUAAUUGCUCUUGCUUGGCCUACGGAAUAAUGGAGCUUUCCACAGGAGGAUAUGGUUGCAUCACAUGGUUUAAGAAGUUGGUGGACAUAAGAAUCCUUCCUGAUAAUGGACAGGAUAUCUAUCUGAGGUUGGCUGCUUCGGAAUUAGAUUCGGAUAACAGGAAGCUUGUAGUUGUGCUUUGUCUGUCUGUUGCUUCACUGAUAAGCUUCUUGAUUUUUGUUGCUUGCUUUAUCUUUUGGCGUAGAAGGACCAUUAAGGGUAAUGAGGUUCAGUCUCAAGAGAACGAAGCUGAGAUGCCACUUUACGAUUUUACCAUGCUUGUAAAUGCCACAAAUGAUUUUUCUCUGUCAAAUAAGAUUGGUGAAGGUGGUUUCGGUCCCGUCUACAAAGGAAUGCUUCCAUGUGGACAAGAAAUUGCAGUAAAAAGACAGGCAGAGGGUUCAAGCCAAGGGCAAACCGAGCUAAGAAACGAGGUUCUAUUGAUCUCCAAACUCCAACAUCGUAACCUCGUCAAGCUACUUGGUUUCUGCAUUCAUCAACAAGAAACAUUGCUGGUCUAUGAAUAUAUGCCAAACAAAAGUCUAGACUAUUUUCUCUUUGAUAACAAGAAACGAUCUUUACUCAAAUGGAAAAAGAGGUUGGAUAUUAUAAUUGGAAUAGCUCGAGGUCUUCUCUAUCUCCACCGAGAUUCGAGGCUUAUAAUUAUACAUAGGGAUCUCAAAGUAAGUAACAUCUUACUGGAUAACGACAUGAAUCCAAAAAUUUCGGACUUCGGUAUGGCUCGCAUGUUUGGUGAAGACCAAACUAUGACACGAACUAAAAGAGUUGUUGGAACCUAUGGCUAUAUGUCUCCUGAAUAUGUAAUCGACGGAUAUUUUUCAAUGAAAUCAGAUAUAUUCAGCUUUGGAGUUAUUCUUUUAGAAAUAGUUAGUGGUAGGAAGAAUAGAGGCUUCUUCCAUCCCGACCAUCAACUGAAUCUUCUUGGACAUGCAUGGAAACUGUGGGAUGAAGGCAAUGGUUUGGAAUUAAUGGAUGAAACAUUGAAAGAUCAAUUCCAAAAGUGUGAAGCAAUACGAUGCAUUCAAGUAGGACUAUUGUGCGUUCAAGAGAAUCCUGAUGAAAGACCAGCUAUGUGGUCAGUACUUUCAAUGUUAGAGAGUGAAAAUAUGGUAUUAUCUCAACCUAAACAACCUGGAUUUUACACGGAAAGAAUGGUUUCUAAUAUGCAUAAAUUAGCAGUUGGAAACUCUUGUACUUCCAAUGAAGUGACCCUUACACUGCUGGAUGGUCGUUAGUCAUUAAUUCAUCACAAAACAGUACUGAGUUUCCCUCUCUUCUGUGCAUUUGGUUGACUGCCAUACAUACAAUUUUUAAGUUUUAACUUUUUUUUGUAGUCCAAGAAAGAGUGGGUUCUGUUGUGAAUUUGAUGGUAAUUUGAGUUUUC